AUGCAAACUCUAAGCUGCAUUGCGUUUAUCCUUUGUCUGGUGGCCCUUGUCUCAGCCAUUCCUUAUUCUUCUGCUCCGUCCAUCAUCAAGCGCGGAGAGGAAGAAAUACACAUUUUUAAACGGGACGCUGCUAUGACUCCUGAAGACCUCGUCCUCGCCGAGAAUCAUGGGGUAAAUGCUACUGAAAUGUUCAGGCACUCCGUGAUCAAACGGCGUGGCGAGGAAGACGUAACUAUCUGGGUCGACAACAGCUUUGAAGAAACACUUGGACCCGAGGACAAUCCAGCGACACCAAAACGUGCCAUUAAAAUCAUCGACAAUUAUACCAAGUCGGGUGGUUGGAAUGAAGAAAGAUGCACAGGUCACAUCUACAGGGAUAACACAGGCCCCAACGCCCCCUGCACCGGCGGCCUAAAGCAACUGAGAACCUGGGCCGCACAGAAUGGUGGCUUCUUCAGCUUUUAUGAAACAGUAACAUCUCUUUAA